AUGUCGCACUUUGUUGGAAUCGUUAAUCGGUAAGUCAUCAUAAUUUUAAAACAUAAAUUUUUUACUUUUUAGGGUAAGGCUUAAACUAGAACUUAUGCUAAGGCUUGGGCUAGUACCUAAACUAGAUCAUAGGCAAGGGCUUAAGCUAAGACUUGAGCUAAGGCUAGCGCUAGAGCGUUGCCUAAGGCUUAGGCUAGGGCUUAAGCUAGAGCUUAGGCAAUGGCUCAAGCUAGAGCUUAGGCUAGGGUUUAGACCAAAGCUUAGGCUAGGGCUUAGGCUAGGAUUUAGGCUAAGGCUUAGGUUAAGAUUUCAGCGAGCGCAGGGUUAGGGCUAAAACAUCAAGCCCUCAGAUCUAUGUGAGGGCUUAAAACAUACUACGGUAGACCACACAUGCUCUUGCAACAAUUCUCUCUAUUCUUCUCGAACCUUUUCACCAAGCAUAACACAACUUCAUUGGCCAUAAAAACGUUUUUAUUUACAAUUUUUUUUUCGAAAUGGGCGAUAAGUUUUGGCAAUAUUUGUUCUGUUCGCCCUAUGAUCGGUGAUCGUUGACGUAGAGUAAAUGCUAUAACUUUGCAAAAAACGGUUGCGCAAUGGCUUAAAAAAUUAUUUAAACAGCAAACUUUUGAACUUUUUGAAUUUUAAAGCGCUUUUAAAAGUGGGGCUGGCUUUAAUUUUAAAAAGUUUUUAAAUUUUGAUACUUGUGCUAUAUUAUUUUAAUAAGCAUCAUACUGUGAUAGUACUAUGACAAUGUAAGUACUGUAUUUUGGCAUUUAUUAGGAAAAUUAAACUUAAAAAAAUUUUUUUUUAUUUUAAAUUAAAAUUUUAUUUUCAGAAGAAUCCACCCCGAGUACCGCCUGAUUUACCUAAAUUUACGUGGUAAGGGCGAGGCAAUUCGAAUGUUUUUCAAAUAUCACGGCAUUGACUUCAUCGAUGACAAACAGGAUUACAAUUCCUAUAAAAAUGUUAAGGACAGUAAGUAUUUUAAUCUACAAUACUCUACCAUACCCUAUCCUACUCUCUUCUACUCCACUCUACCCUACCCUACUAUGUCUUACUCAACCCUACCGUAUCCUAAAGUAUCCUAACUAGCACAGCCUUGCCUGGCCUUGCGGUGUCUUACCCUGUCCUACAGUUCUUUGUUCUGGUUUGCCCCUUCCCAGCCUUACUAUGUAUAUUUUUUAUGCGCCACCCUACCUUUCUCUACCCUACCCUCCUCUACUCUUCCUUAUCUUACAUUAACCAAGCUUGCCAUAUUUUCCAUUCCCUGUCCUACCUUAUCUACCCCACUUUUAUAAAGUUUUAAAUUUUCAGCCCCACCCCUCCCAAAAAUGCCCCGACUAAUAGUGAAUCAAACUCUCGAGAUCAAUUACACCAACUGUAUAUUACAAUACUUGGCUGAUAAACAUGGAUUAAUACCGAAAAAAGCCGAAGACAAAGCCAUAGCCAACGUUUGGGGAGUGAGAUUGAAUGACUAUUUGAACCAAAUGAGGCCUUGGUUCUACUGCUUUUUGUACGAGGAUUUGAAGGGCAUGGUAAGGACUUAGACAAAUGAAUUUUUUUGAACAUAAAAACAAAAAAAUACAAAAAAUGUUUCUUAUCCUCCACUAAAAAAAUUUACCCCGCCCGAUUUUUUUUCGUUUUCAAAAAUAUUAAUUGAUUUCUUAUUUAAAAAUUUUAGCAAAAAUUUUUUACUCAUUCCAUACCCCACUCCUUACAUCCCUCACAAAAUUCAAUUACCCCUCCCAAAUAUGAUUAAAAGCUGAAAUUAAUCAGAAAUUGAUUUUUGUAGUUACAAGAGCGAACAGAAACAAUAUACAACACUACGAUACUAAAAGACUUUGCUAUACUAUUACAACGACAACUUGAAUUGAACAAAACUGGGUGGCUGGUUGGUCAUGAAGUAGGUUUUUGAAAGGGAAAAUGCUAGCUUUAUAACAAAAAAUCCCCUACCCUACUUUUCUCUAUCCUGCCAUACUCUACCCUACCCUAACCUACCCUAUCAUACACUACCCUACCCUACCCUUCCCUACCCUACACUACUCUAACCUAGCCUACCCUACCGUACUCACAACUACCCCUACUCUAUCCCACCCAUUAUACCUUACCUUAUUCUAUCUUACUCUACCUACUACUGCCCUACCAUAUUCCUCCUUACUCUACCCUACCUUACUCGACUUUACCCAAACCGCCUCUACCUUACCUUAUCUUACUCUACCCUACCCUUUUACCCUCCUUGACAUAUAAAAUUCUUUUAAAAUUUAGUUAUCAUGGGUGGACUUCUACGCAGCUCACAUCACCGACCUAUGCCUAACCUAUGGCCCCAAGGACAGUCUCUGCCGUUUCCCAACGAUUAUUGAGCAUCACGACAGAAUCUAUGACCUUCCUGAGCUUCAAGAAUAUCUAAAGACCAGGCCUAAACAUGAUUUUUAA